AACACAAAUGAAGAUAAAAGUGAACUCCCUGACUGGAUAAUAAAGGAAAUGGAUCAGUUUCUUACUGACAUUUUCUUGAUGGGAAGUGAAGAGACAUUUGCCCAGUUGGUCCAUCUCAUUAUGAGUGAGAAUGUCAGUGUGGACUACCAGCAUUCAGAAACAGGUGUUACACCUUUAAUGGUGACCACUGCUAGGGGCAUGAAUGACGAAGUGGAACAGCUACUUAACCUGGGCGCCAACGUUAAUCUCCACUUACCCAACGGCUGGACCGCCAUUGACUGGGCCAAGCGGUUUGAAAGAAAUGACAUUUUAGAAAUGCUGGAAGCUUUAAUGCUGUCAAAUGAUGUGGGGCCUUCUGGAGAUUCUUUGGCAGAAGCUGGUAACCAGUUGUUGACCGAUGCAGAAAAAGAUAUGCUAUCACUAUACCAAAGCUGUUUUGAUGAUGAAAAAGUGGAUAUCCAGCUCAUCCUCAAUCUCAUUUACCAGCUCAUGUCAAACUACAGUGAUG